AAAAAGGAAAAAAAUGGGUAUUUGCAGUUCAUGCGAUUCAACAUCCGUCGCCACUGCUAAGUUGAUCUUACACGACGGUAGCCUACAGGAAUUCUCUUAUCCUGUGAAGGUUUCAUACGUUUUACACAAGAAUCCGUCCACUUUCAUCUGCAACUCCGACGAGAUGGAGUUUGAUGAUGUUCUUUCCGCUAUUCGUGACGACGACGAGCUUCAACCUGGCCAGCUCUACUUCGCGCUACCGUUGACUCGAUUGAGGCGUCCGCUUCAGCCGGAAGAGAUGGCUGCAUUGGCAGUCAAGGCGAGCGCUGCAUUGGCCAAGACCGGCGGCGAGAAAUGUGGUUGUCGUCGUAGUAGUAAAAACCUGUAUUUCACAACACCUGCGUUUUCAGGUCAUAAGAAGAGUUCAGGUCGGGUAUCGGAUGUAGGGAGGAGAGGUGUUGGUAGUGGAAGGAGGCGUAAUUUUACAGCAAUGUUGAGUGCCAUACCUGAAUAGAUUAUAUGAGAUGUAGGGAUGUAAAUAGAGUCAUGAAUUUUGUAGGUAUAUCCAUGGAUUGUUUUAAUGAUGAGAAAGCAGUUGAUGAGGCAAAUCACCUUCCAUUUCCAUUUCCAUUUCCA